AUGAGAAAUAUUCACUUCCAUAUUGUGACAAAAGUGUUGUUGCUCAGCUUUAUUUUCACAACGACACAGUUAUCUUCGACGGUGUCACUGCCUGCCGAAGUGGAAGAAGACUGCCCGCCGAUCUCAAACGCCACAAAUUUGCAGCAAACGCAACUUAUACAACGGUUAACACACGUUUGUCGUUACGAUCGUUUGGAGCGACCGAUUGAAUAUGGAAAAAAUGGCGAACGUUUACCCGUCACAGUUAAGGCACGAAUUUACGUAUACUUCCUACAGAAUCUGAACUCUGAUUUACUGCAAUUUAAAAUGCACGCAUUACUGCAAUUAAGUUUUAACGAUAGUCGUCUAGCCUAUAAGGAGUUAAAGCGAAACGACAAUAUCAUCGGGCAAAAGCAUUUAAGUGAGCGUUUGUGGCUACCGCAUAUAUUUUUCGCCAACGAACGUGACUCCAGCAUCCUGGGUACCGACGAAAAGGAUGUGCUUACAUCGAUAUCACCGGAAGGUCGAGUGGUGAUAUCGCAACGCCUCCAAGCUACACUAUAUUGUUACAUGAAUUUUAAAAAGUUUCCAUUCGACGAGCAAUUCUGUUCCACAAUACUGGAAAGCUGGAUGUACAACAAAACUGAAAUGGUGCUGCAAUGGGAAUCAUAUUCGCCAAUUUCGUUCGAUCCGGAAAUGCAUCUUACUGAAUACAAUAUGCAGAGAUUUUGGUAUAACGAAACAAUCGUUAACUCAGACGGUAUAAACUUACGACAUGGUUCCUUUGUGGGCAAUUACAGUUCGCUUAGUUUUACUGUUCAUCUCAAUCGUGAGAUCGGUUUCUAUUUAUUGGACUACUUCCUGCCCUCAAUGAUGAUCGUCGCCAUCUCAUGGGUCUCAUUCUGGCUGCAAGCCGAUCAAUCGCCCCCACGAAUUAUGCUGGGUACCAGCACAAUGCUCUCAUUCAUUACAUUAUCCUCCUCGCAAACUAAGACCUUACCCAAAGUCAGUUACAUAAAAGUUUCUGAAAUUUGGUUCCUUGGCUGCACAUUCUUCAUCUUCGGAAGUUUGGUAGAAUUCGCAUUCGUCAAUACGAUUUGGCGACGCAAGGAGAAUGUGGAAUUGAAAAAGGUGAAUAGUAAAUAUAUUGUAAAGGCAUCACUGACACCUCGUCCGACGCGACGUGAUAUAAACAAGAAUAACCUAGCGCGAACGCGCUCCUGUUCCAGUCUCGAUAACAUUACAUCCAGCACGGAAAGUGUCCUCAAGGGUCAUUCAAAUCCAGGCUACAAUAAUUACUUAACUGUGCAUAAUCUACCUAUAAUCACUACCGAGUGCGCGGACACAAACUCCGUGACCAGCGAGCGCAAUAGCAAUUGUACCGAUCACGUUGUUAAUAUCGACAAAGAUGGACGUUUUGAGAUGAACGGUGGCAAGGAUCAGGAAACGCCUGCCGACCACACUACAUUCACAACAAUGACACCGCAAGAGAUUGCUAUGUGGAUAGACAGGCGAUCACGCUUUCUAUUUCCGGUCAUGUUUCUUGCCUUCAAUGCGCUCUACUGGACGUUUGUUUAUUGCUUUUGAUGGCAGCUAAAUGAAUUUAGAUUGACAAGAACACUCUAGUAUUAUUUAUCAAGUAGUUGAACGCCUUUAUUUACAUAUAAUUACGAAUGUCACAGAUGUAUGUACACAUAUGUAGUUACCUAAACCAAAAAUACU